AAGGGGCUAGCGAGUGUCACAACAGUUCUGUACUCCAUCGUUUUCCCUCGCAGUACUCCGCGCUCUCACUUGCUUUGCGCCAUUUGCUUUGCUUUGCGCCGUGGCAGUUCAAUCCGCGCAGUGAAGCGCAUGGGGCGCGGGGAAGCGGCGGACGGCGGCUUGCGCCGGCAGCAGCAGGAGCGCGCGAUCGCCGACGCCAUGGGGACGGGGGAGCUGCGCGCCGCUGUGGUCGACGUGGCGCGCGCGCUUCUCGCGGCGGACGCCAACGACCCGGCCGCGGCGGAGCGCGCGCAGCAGCGGCGGGUGGCGGCGGACAUGGCGCGCGCAAUCAUGGCGGCGGAGAGGGCGGCCGCGCGCGUGAGCGAGGGGGAGCGCGCGGAGCGGGCGUACCGCAGCCUGUGGUUCGACUUCCCUGCAGUGGAUGGGCGCGAUCUAGCCGCGCUCGCCGCGGCUCUCAGAAAGCAAGUGGAGCAAAUUCCAUCUGCCAACAGCACCGCCACCAACACCGCCACCAACAGCACCACCAACAGCACCACCAACAGCAGCAGCAGCGCCGAUCCUUGGUUCCCCAUCACGCACCGCUUCCUCUCUGGCCUCGCAUACAUUGCUGCGUCCGCUCAGAAAGCGCAGGCGGGCAGAUGGGGCAGCGAAGCAGCUCCUGCAGAUUCAGCCGAGGUAGCAGGAGGGAGCGGGAGGGGGGGAGCAGAGGGAGCGGCAGGGAUGGCGGCCGGGGAGGAGUCAGUAGGUGCAGGGGAGGGAGGAGGCGGUGGGGGCGCGGUGGAUGAGGAGCAGGGAAGAGCAGGCAGCAGUCAGCUUGGGGACGCAGCUGCUCACAUUGCUGCAUCUCUCCUGGUAAAGCUGCCUGCAAACUGUUUCAAACUGCCCGGGGACGCAGGAGUAAAGGCGUUCUCAGCUGCCCUCUCCUCCUUGCACCUCGAACCUCCGGAGCUUCUCGCCCCUCCUGCCGAACCUCCUGCCGAACCUCAGUCAAAGGAGACUAGAGCUUCAGAUGGCGAGGCUGUCAAGGAAGGUUUGGGCGUGCCGGAGGCGAGUGGCAGCAGCAGUGACAACGCUGUGGCCGCUGCUGCAGCUGGUGCUGGGGGAGGUGAAGAUGAUGGUGGUGGUGGCGAUGGUGAUGUUGUGGGUGACGCACAUAAGCAUGCAGAAUCGGAUGAGGCGUCAGACGCAUCGGACUGGCUGCCCCUUGAGGACGAGACUCUCCCAUCUCUCCCCGCUCUAGACCACCACCACCAUCACACCCAUCAUCACCAGCAUCAUCUGCAUCAUCAUCAUCAGCAGCAGCAGCAGCAGCGUUUAGAGGGCCCCUCUGAUUGGUCAGCUGUGCUCGCCAAGUGGGCAGCGUUGCUCGGCAGCUUGCAGGGCGCUCUCCCCGGGAGCGCUGACUCAGCGUGGGGGCAGGCAGGGCUGGUUGAUGAUGUGGCGAUGCUGGCUGUGCUGAUCGGCGGACAGCCAACCAGAGAGGGACACACGGAGGGUGCAGUAACCCGUACAAAAAGCAAUGGGGAUGGGGAUGGGGAUGUGGAAGGGGAUGUGGAAGGGGAUGUGGAAGGGGGGAGGGCAUGUGGAGCAGGGGUAGGACACAACGCAGUGGAUGGCGAGGGUUUUUAUCCGGUCCUGCUGGCCCACUAUCUGGACCUUCUUUCCCCUCGACUGCUGUGGCUCUGCUCCUCCCCCCCCUCCUCCAACCCUGCUGGCAGUGGUGCUACUGGCACCACUGCCCCAGGCAUCAGUAGCAUUCACAGCAGCACUGCCAGCAGUGGCAGCAACGUGAUAUCGCAGACAUUGGAAGCCAUUCAGGCAGCUGCCUCCUCCCCUCACCUAUCCCUCCCUCACUCGCUCUCCUCCCGCCCUCCGCCCUCCCCCACUUCCCCUCCUCUCAAGACCCCUCCCCCCGCCCUCACUGCUACUGCCACCUCCGUCGCCCUCCUCUCUUCCCUCAUCGCCCACCUCCCUACCUCCCCCUCUCCCCUCCCACAUGCACCUAGGGGGAAGGAAUCGCGUAGCGAAGGGGGAGGAGGAGGGCCAGGCUCGGCAGGGGGCUUGGACGAGAAGCUGGUUCGGCGAAAGGUUUGGAUGGCUGUAAACGCGUUUGGCCCUGGUUUGGGAGAUCUGGUGCAGUGGGCAUCGACCAUCCAUCCAGCACCAACAAGUGUCACUGUAGCAACUGCCCCUGGCCACGUGUCAGGCCACCUGCAGCGCGUGCUGCUGUUCUGGAUCCAAGCUGCCGCCUCAUCCGCCCCUUCCCCUGCUGUUGCGCGCAGUAUCGGUGACUUGGCAAUCAAGUCUGGCCUGUGUCGAGCCCUGGUGGCAGCUCACUCCUCGCUCUCACCGCCCAAGCCAAGCACUCCUGUCGCUCCACCAGCCACGGACAGACAUGCAGAAUCACCACUCGCGCCCCAAUUUCCACCUGCGUGGCAGUGGAUUGACACGGUUCUGCUCUUCCUCACUGCUUCAUCUCCAGACGUUCGAACCUUUGUCUCCAAAGCACUGCCCUCCCGAGCCUCUUUUCCAUUCCUGAUUCCGAACCAACCAGGCUCUGCCGAGCCUGGAGGCCCGGGUCCGGCGUGGCUUGGCUCGGUUGCCGAAGCACACUGGGUGUGGCCGCUGCUGCUGGAUCCGGACCGGACCCGAGCCGAGCAGCCCUUGGCGUGGCUGCUAGAUUCCUUGGCAGUGACCAUGGGGAGUGUGCUUAUAGCAAAGGGAGAUGGUGACGCAGACACAAGGGAGUGCAAGCAUGGCAUUGGCUUUACCCUGGACGUCGCCACCUCAGUAUCUCGCACACUCACACUCCUCCUCCGCGUCCUCCACGUCAGCAGCCACCUGUCACCACCAAGAAGCGCCACGGCAUCCCCCCCUAUAGUCCCAAAAGGCGGCCAGCUGGCAUCUUGUGUAUCCCAGUGCGUGACUGUAAUGAGGGAAGCUGCGAGGAAGUUGGCGGGGGAGGUGGAGCAGAGGAGGGUGGAGGAGGAGAGGGCACGGGCGGCAGCAGCAGCAGCAGCAGCGAAUGACGAGCCUCAGCUGAGUGACAUACUGCUAUCGGACGCCAUGGCUGCCGCUGCUGGGAAUGGUGCUGCUGCUGCUGCUGCUGCUGCUGCUGCUGCAGCUGCGGCUGCGGCUGCUGCUGCGAAUGCUGGUGGGGAUGGUGAGGGGGAGGGGAGCGGAGGAAGGCAGAAUGGGGGCAGUGGUAUGGGGGAGGUGGCAGGGGGCAAGCUAGGGGAGUUGGUGCCGCGGUUGCUGGACCUGGUGAAGGCGCUGCAGGCGGAGGUGGGUGCUGGGGGUGCGGCGAGUUCAGCCAGGGGGAAAUGUGACUGAGUGCGUCUGGUUGAUUGACUGGACGGAAGUGGCCGGGGGGAAGCUGGGGGAGUUGGUGCCGCACUUGCUGGACCUGGUGAAGGCGGCGCAGGCAGAGGUUGGGGGUGGAGCAGUGGCAGGCACUGCGAGGGGCAAGUGCAACUGACGGCCACUCUGCUCGAGCGGCGUGUGUGUGCGCCUUGGAGUGUCAGAUGCAAGCAUGGUGGGAUCGGUACGGAUGGAGCAAGUGUGGUUGAAGCUGAUGGAGUAGGGAAGAAUGGGGAGCGUGAUGAAGAGUGGGAGGGUUAGCUCGUCUUGCUAGAGAUACAAGAGUGGGGUGGGGGGUUGGGGAGAGCGCCCCCUUGGGGCAAGUGCCCUCUCUAUGUGAUGAUGGGUCACCCAUUCUAGCCUGCAAAUUGCUUUCAGGCAUUUGCAGCAGCACUGCUGGUCCAGGCUAGUCCUGCUAGUCCUGGCAUCGGUACAAGCCAGGACUGGCAGCGCUGCUGCGAAUCUGCUGCAUACCAGACAGGGUAACGGAGGAGACAUGUUUGGAUGGAUGCCAAGGGAA